AUGAAAAAAUGCCCAGAACACCAAACCAUCACUCCAAAAUACCCUAUCAACACCGAUACAUUCUAUACGUUCCCUAAGAACGCCUUCACUCAAUUCCCCUCAAAUUCUGCUUGUGCGUGGCUUAUCAAUAUUCCUUGUAACUACAGUGUCAUUGUUCACUUGAAAGCUACGAUCCCAGACGGAGGACAUGUAACCAUUACUCAAACUCCAAGACUCAAUGAAACUAAGAAAUUCAUCAAAGACAUCGCAGUUACAAGUCAAUUCCACCCUCCCAGCUUUGACAUCUUCUGGUAUCCAGGACCAACGGAUGAUGGAAAUUUGAAAUUCAGUUUCCAGUUUCAGAACAAUCAUGACAAAUGA